AUGGACGAUCUCACCUUUCGAGAGGCAGCCCCAUCGGAGGAUCGAUCACGCAUACCUCAACCCUCGCGCAGAGAUCUACAAGACAGCGCACGCUACCAUUAUGACACCACUUACUCAUCCGACCACGGCCCAGGCCCUGCUACCGUGGAAGUUACUCCUCCAAGGACUAUUACAAUGCCCCGAGCGAGAUUUACGCCUCAUGUGCCCAGCAAGAGCAACCAGGAAAAGGCUGAUUGUUUGAGUGCCGAACAGACUAUUGAACUGUUCAAGAGAAAGAUCGAUGAGGCUAGGAACGAGACGCAGCAUGUCUUUUCGAGCUCAGAGACUGUCUCUGAUGCUCUGAAGCCGACUCUUACCAUUGAUCUCGGUCGAGCCAGGAUAGAAAGACUGCCAGAUGCGAUUGUAGACUUGAUUAUUGCCGAUGUCGAACGGCUAUCUUUGUCACACAAUUUUCUUCGCUAUAUCCCCGCUCGGAUUGCUGAGUGCAAUCAGCUACGAUACCUCAAUAUUCGAUCCAACGACUUUCGAGAACUUCCGCCCUCAAUCUACCGUAUGCCUUUGCUCGAGAUCUUGGAUGUGAGCAAAAACAAGAUCACAAAUAUUCCACCCGAGAUCAAGAACCUCGAAGCACUGAGAGUCUUUUCUAUCGUCCACAAUCGACUAACUGAUCUACCUGUCGAGUUAGUAGAGCUUCCACGUUUGAAGGUCCUGAAAGUGGCUGAAAACCCUUUCCGAAAGAGCAUUAGGAAAGUGAUACAUGAGAAAGAGAUUGAAGUCGCCUAUUCCGAGAUGGUCGAGAAUGAAAGGGAUACUGCUCUUACCACAGAGAUCAUAAGCUAUCUGCGGAAGCUCAUGCCUUCGUCUGCGAAUACCCCUGUAUUGGACAGUGGGGAAACAAAAGAACCACAAAGUGCUACCGAGCCACCUAGAGCGGCAAGACGUGCCUUGAGUGGCAGAUUCCCAGUCGUGCCCGCCGCACUUUCUGCAGACUCGCCUUCUGAUACGACAGAUCCUACGGGCCAGCAAUCAAGACCAUCUCUGCCUGCCAAAUCGCACUUACGUGGCUUUUCAGGUCAGUUAAUUACCAAUGGGAUCCAGAAGCGGCCUGGUAUAGCUCCACUUGUCAAUGGCGAUCGUAUGCGAACUCAUAGCGAGAGUGUGAUACAAGCGUCCGCAGCCGCUCGGCAAAAACGUAUGGGCAUGGUAAGGAGAGAGAGGACCGAGCUUGACAGUAUUGACGAGACUAAAGUCGCCAACAAAAGCCAUUUCCGAGGACUCAGCUAUGGUUCUGUAUUGAGAAGAAAUGGCAGCAUUUCAUCUCCGGGUGCCGCUAGCUCAAGCCCAAGUAGUCCGAAAGAUGUGAGAAAGCAUCCUACACAAUUUGUAAGACGCCUUUCGAGUUUGCCUGAACACAAGACGGGUCAGGUACGAAGACCACUGAUUGAAGGAGCCAAAGGAAUACUUUAUGCUCUCUACCAGGUACACCCGCAAAUAUCUGGCUUGAUCUCUACAAGUAAAGGAAGGGACCCAAGAAGAAGUGGCCUCGAGAUGUCCUUCUACAAUGCCUCAGUUCAUGUGGACAAACUGAACAAAUCCCUUGAGUAUGCGGACAACCUCGAUCCGGAAGAGGAUGAAUUGUGGGAACGAGCCGAAGAGACAAUCAACAACGACUGCGCAGUUUGCAUAAGAAGCUUUGUUCAUGUCACAACUCAAAUGCAAGAAUCAGCACAUAGGAUAGUCGCAGGCGCUGAUCCACGAUAUGUUCGCUCUCUGAUGUUGCUGCUGUAUGGCAGUAUUGUUGAGAUCAAAAAUGCCAUCAAGAGCUUGGGAGUCGAAGUCAAACAUCAUCGUAGGCAGAUGUCCAGUGGCAAUACGCAUCCCAUUGCAACGAUCCCAGAAGAAUCAAUACCCGAGACGCCCAAACCGCAGAGGAUGGACAAGGAGGUUGAUGCACUGACACUUAGACAGCCAGCACGGUUGCGAGGUGACACCGUGCUCAAACAUCCUUCGAUGGCUAACGCGCCAUCGUUACAACCAGUUCAGCCGCCUGCCUUGCAGAUACCAAGCAACACCAGCUUGACUGGUACUACAGUUCAAGGCGCUCACAGUCGUGCACCUUCCGCAUUGGGAAGUCUCUCGCAUAGAAGCUUUGCAACUCGAUCGAGGUCGAAUUCUCGGAGCACAACAAUGACGGCGAAUAGCGAUGGAGCCGUAUCGGCCGUUGCAAGUACGCCUCGCUCAAUAGACGGGUACAAUCUGUCUCCUACGGCUUCUCUGAACAGCCAUGUCAAUGCUGAUACGGGGUUGACAGAUACUCAAGAGGAACAACGCUUCGAGCUUAUCUUCAUGGCUUUGACCAAGGCUUACGAAGCGGCUCUACAAGCGGUACCGAUCACAAUGCAGCAGCUCCAGAAGUGUCUUGAUUCUGCAACCGAGCAACGGCAAGCAAAGGACCUCGUCGAAACUUGGAAUGCACUAGUUGCAAAGUCGAGAACGUGUCUCGAUCUAACACAAGCAUUACAACUCCGUCUUACCAGCAUGAAGCUCAAAGAUUCGGGUGUUGGCCUGAGCAGUGCAGACAGUGGAAGACAUGAUCCUUCUUUCUGGACCUUAGCGAAAUCCUUCUUAUCUAGCUUCGUAGGUCUCGUGACAGAGAUGAAAGAGGUCAGAAAGUCACGACUUUUGAUAUUGCCACAGGAGAUUGUUGGAGUCCUGCGACCUGUGCAAAAAGCAUGCCAAGAAGCAGGUCAUGCUAUUACCACAAGUCCUUGGAACUUCAUGCUUCAGGGUAUGACAGUUAUGCCGGCGCCUACACCUCUGGCACCUAGAGGUGGAGGAGAGAUGUCUCGUCCUCAGCUGAUGAACAGACAAGCAAGCAGCUUAAAUGGCAAUCUGAACGCAUAUUCGGUGGCCAUGGCACACCAGCAUAGUCAAGCACAGCUCGGCCAAGUUUCACCUCCCAGUAAGGGCCAAUUGCAGCAACUGCCCAGCCUCAAUUCCAUGCCGACGCCAACAAGUGGUGGAAGCGUCACGCCUAUGUCAGCCACAUCGCCGAUACCUGCGACACCAUUAUCUGCAGCUCUAGGCCCAGCCGCACAAGCAACUGUACCCAGCACACCUGCAGCUCUUUAUAAAGAUUCGUUCUUCAAAGGUGAUGUGUUCCAACGAGCAGACAGUCUCUUGAGCAUGCCUCAAGCUGCUGGUGUGAAUUUCCUCAAUCGAAGAUGA